AUGAAACUAUUUAGAUACCGUUUUCUAACAUUUGUAUUCAUACUGACUAUCGUUAGGUGUCAGCCAAAGAUUCCGGAAUAUUUUAAUGAUGGCCCAUUCCCAUCUUUAAAUAUUCCAACUAGCAACUUGGCUAAUUCUACUAUGUUUGUUGCAGAUAUAUUGGAUGGUGCAUUAAGUCCAUUUUCAUAUCUUAAGCUUGCAGGAAUUAGUGCUUGUGGUAAGUUACAAACGGGGACUCCUCUUCCAAGUAUAUGCAAUAUCGAUUUCGAGCUUAAAUGCAAUAAUCCUUCUGAGGGAGGACUAAGUAUUAGAGGAAAUCCAGUUAUGACUCAUCAUGGAGUUAUUGACGUUACUGGGGGAUCUUUCGAGUUAAAUAAUGGAAAGAGUAAAGUUAAAGGAUGGGGAUAUGGAGUUUUUCCAUAUUUAGGGGAGUCGUCAUAUUUUGAGCUGACUUUGGUUCCAGUUUUGAACAAGAAAGGAGAAUAUGUAUUUGAAAUUUAUGGUGUAGGGUAUGAAAAAGCUUAUAUGGUUUCUGAACCUAUAGGUAUUAACUGUCCAUUCUCUAUUGGGGAAGUAAUCUUCAAAAAUGUUCAUUGGGCUCAAACAUAUAUUGUUGGGGUUAAUUGGAUCCGAAAUCAGCUUCCAUUCCCUACAAUUGGUCCAAGUACAAAAAAUAAGCUUGUUGAAAUUGAAGUUCCAUUUACCGGGGGAUCUUCUUGGAAACUUGGAGGAAUGUUUCUGUCUUCUUUACAUGUACCUGUAAAUCCAAGUAUCCCAAUUGGCAACACUGAUAUGAGGGUAAUCUUGUCAUGUCCAAGUAAUGAUAAUAACUUUCUCAUCUCUCUUAAUAGUACAGGGGACAUUACUGUUUCACAGUUAUAUACAAAUGAUACAAAUAUCCAGUUAUUAAAUCAGUUUAAACCAAGUAAUUAUAUUUUCACAGGAAAAUACCCUCAUAUUAUGUAUAACGGAUUAAUUGUGGAGUUGGUUGUAGCUAGAUCUUUGUAUGCUGAAUCCGGUGUAAUUUACCUAAAUGACUUAGUGAUCCCCAGAUUCUUUGAAUGUGGACAUAGUAAAAUUACAGUAUCUGUUAAACACGACACAUGGGCACCAUUAUAUACUUCCAACUUCACUAGCAAUUGUUAUGAGUACGGAUCUUCCUUUAGUGGAGUUAACUUAUUUUCGAUUCCAACCUUUCUAAGUCCUGGACAGUGUCAAAAUUCAUGUAUUCAAACCAGUGAUUGUGAGUUUUGGACUUAUAAUAACAAAGAUAAUGUAUGUAAUGGGUAUUCUAGUGAAAAAUAUAGUUUUAAAAGAGAUUCUUCCACUCAUUCAAUGAUUACUGGGUCAGUUUCUUGUCCAUGCUAUAGUCAUAAUGUAAACUUAAUAACUCCAUUACUAAGUGGAAAAGAUAAAGUUAAAGUAUCCAAUAAAGUUGUCAACAGUCCAGCUGAGUGCCAAGCUCUUGUGAUUGAAAAUAAUGGUCUUGGUAGCUAUUUUGUUUAUGAUAAGGAGAAAAAAGAAUGUUAUAAGCAAGGAGUAGUGAAAUCUGAUACUGUUUCUAUAAUUGAUACAAACACCGUAGUUGGACCUUCUGUAUGCUAUGGCUAUAUAUAUUCUAAUGGAGUUUCUAGGUUUACCGAUAAGCUUGAACUGAUAGAAUCUAUUACAAUUAGUGCAAACUCAACUGAUCAUCACGGAGAAUUUUGCAGGUCUUUGUGUUCUUUGGAAGAAAAGUGUCAAAUAUUCGAACUAAGCAGCUCAUAUGAAUGCAUGCUCUUCAGCAUUAAAGAUAAACAAGGACUAAGAACUUUGUUUGAUAUAAUUGAAAACAGUUGGCCAAGUUCUGGAGUAAUUUUAAUGGGUAUUAGCACUCCUUUAAUCGUAUCUUACCCAACUCGUAAUAGAGAGCACAUUAUACAUGCACAAGUUGGAAGCUUAUCACUGGAUAUAGUGAGAACCUCUGAUGCAUCAAGUUCCACUCUAACCAUUAAAUACCUUCUAAUUCUACUGGCAGUAUCAUUGUUUCUGACUUUGUAA